UCUCCACCCCGGAUACCACUCUCCUUCCCCCGGCUCUUAUAAAGCAAGCAAGACUUUCAGGCCGCUCUUCGGGCUGUCUUUUCUUCUUGUUGAUGGUUAGACUCUGUGAGAGAAGGAUGAAGUUCCUUGUGGCCGUUACAGUCAUUGUGGGAUCGCUGAUUUUUCUCGCUUUCCCCAAUGGCUCAUCUGCUGACGAGAAGAAGAAAGGCCCCAAAGUAACUGCAAAGGUGUACUUUGACAUGAAAAUUGGAGAGGAAGACGUUGGAAGAAUUGUCAUCGGGGUGUUUGGGAAAACUGUACCCAAAACUGUCGACAACUUUGUCGCUUUGGCGACAGGAGAGGUGAGAACAUCACGGUUCAUGAUGUAUGCUCAAAGUGCAACAGUCUGCAGAGAGUUGGUGUGUUUUUGGCCUCGUACUCACCACUUUCACAACUGCAGAUAUAAACUAAACUGACACGCAUUUAGAGAC